CGGACAACUGUCAUCCAGCUCGGGUCAUUCCUAUAUUAUAAACCAACGAUAUUCCAUUUUCUUGGAAGUCCUCAGACAAGAACUUUCCCUAAGUUUUCAUCUCCGAUCUUCUUCAACUAACAUGUACGUAUAUUAAGGGAGAGGUUUCGGAGUUUAGGUUAAAUAAACAAGGAUUCAUGGAAGGGUGGAACAACGACGUUGGAUCACUUGCUGUGAAAGAUCAGGGUACAUCAGAAAGAGCAAGAAGCGAUGAAAAACGUCUUAUCACUGGCUUAAAAUCGAGUUACGGCUACGUUGAUCAUGAUCAAGCAGAUAUUCAGUUUCAAAUUGUUCCAGAGAUUCAUAAAGAAGAAGAAAAAUCAGAGAAAGACUUGAUGUUGGCUGUCCCUGAUGAACAUUCUGAAACUGGUGAUCAUCAUGAUCUUCAAAUCAAUGGCUUUUCAGAUAGUUCAGAUAAUCAAUAUUAUUCGAGAAAUAAGCAUGACAAGCUAAAACGGCGUAGUCUCGGGAACUUCAGUGAUGAUGAAUCAGAGGGGUUCACAAGAGAAGUUCCUACGGUGACAAUAAAAGGUUUCAAGAAAAGAAGAAGAGACGAUAUCGAUAUGAUGAGUAAUAAGAUGCAUACGCUACAGCAACUCUUACCUAAUUGUCACAAGGAGGACACGGUUUCCGUUCUCGAUACGGCCAUUGAGUAUAUGAAAGAUCUUCAAUUUCAACUCCAGGUGAUGUCUAUAAUGAGGAUGAAUCGUUAUUUUGCUCUGGCGACAUUAAACUUAGGAAUGCACAACGACCUGGUGACGGCGAUGGCAAUGGCUCAGGGUAUAAAUCUGAUGAAUCAAACAACGUCGCCACCAUUAAUCCCGACGCCGAAUUGGCCGUUGCCACCCUUUAGUAAUAUACCAUUCCCACACACAGCUUACCAAUCUCUAUUUCCUACAACAGCAUUACCAGCUUCUUCUACUCAAUGUGUUUGCGGUUUGGCUCCUUGUUUUCCAAGUUUCCUUGAUUUUUCUUCCCGUAUGAUGGGUGGAAGACAAUAAUAUAUAAGUUGCUACAUAAAACUUUGUAUGAAAUGUUCGUCAACUAGGAGAAAACAAAAAAAAAAUCGAAAAUAAGGCAUAUGCACAAUGUGAUUUAUAUAUUUGGGUCUUGAGUUGACCAGUGUGUUUUAAGUACAUUAUUUACACACAGUUUGGUGAUGUGCAAAGUUUUAUAAUAUUUUAACGGUAUCAUGAUCUGAUA